UGCAGCUUGCCAGCUCCACAAGUGAAGAAAAGAGUCCGGAGUUUCAGAAUGGAGAGAAGGGCGCAAACUUAAAGUUUUGAGAGAACUUGAACUUGAAGUUGAACAGCGAAGGGUGCCCUUAGGGCUAAUUUCUGCAGAUUGGAAGUUAAUCAAGUCGUGCAGUAGAAGGGUUUGGUGAGAUUCUUCCGACUAAGAACAUCGUCUUUGGCCGACAGGCCAGUGCGACUGACAACUUGCAACCAUGGGGAUGAAAUUUCUGAACAAGAAGGGAUGGCAUCCGGCGACCUUCCGCAACCAGGAGCGGGUAUGGAAGGCGGAGCAGAAGCACAAGGAGGAGGAGACAAAGAUGGCGGAGCUGCAGAAGCAGGUGCGGGAGGAACGGGAGCGGGAGGAGUUUCGGGAGCUGCAGAUUCGGGCGGGCGUCAAGCCUCAGCAAGAGCGUUUGGACUUCUUGUAUGAGUCUGGCCUCGGAGUCGGGAAACCGUCUGAGGCUGCGCCACCGUCAACUGAGGAGUACCUCUUGGGAAAGCCGGUUGAGGAAGCGAGCAAGACUGAGACGAUCAGCAAGGACUUUUCUCAGCCGGGGUCGCUGUUUCAGCAAGCGGACGACCCCGCCUCGAAGAACGACGCGUGGCGGAAGCUGCACUCCGACCCGUUGCUGGCGAUCAAGCAGCAGGAGCAGGCCGCGCUUGCAAAAAUCAAGGAGAACCCGAUGCAGAUGAUGAUGAUCAAGCAACAGGCUGCUGACAAGAAGGCCCAGAAAAAGGAGGAGAAACGGCGGGCGAAGGAGGAGCGGAGGGCCGAGCGGAAGCGGAAGAGAGAAGAGCGGAAGAAACGCAGACGGGCGGACUCGUCGGAGUCCGACUCGGAGAGUGAGUCAGAGGAUGAGAAAUCGUCCAAGCCGCCCCCAGAAAAGAAACGUGCGCCAGUGCUCGAAGAGGCUCCGGCGGGAGGAGGGCGGAACGGACAUUCUCAUGGAGGGUUUAUCGAUAAAGAAAGGGAUUUGGUGACGACGCAUAGAGGGGACGAGUUGGGGACCGACUCUCGACACAGGGGCCGGUCGCCUGUAAGAGUGAACGGGAGGGAAGAAGAAUACCGUGACCGGGAGGGUGCAAGGUACGGAGAUCGCAUGCUGGAAAGAAACAGGAGAGAUGUUUUGCCUCGGGGCAGGAGGGAGGAACUGGGGAGGUCGUAUGGGGGGCGGUACGGUAGGGGCUAUUCGCCAGAGAGGCAUCGGCGGUCUCCGGACCGGUUCCGGAAUGGAGGGGCGCAUCAUCAGGGAGGAAGGGAUGACCGAGAGAGGUCUUUGGACCGGAACCGGAACGGGGGGCGGCAUUCUCGCGGAGGAAGGUCCCCCCGCAGGGAUGGUCGGGAAAGGUCGCCAGAAGAUCCGCGGAAGAGACAGCAGCAUGACAGCUCAGACGAAGAAGCAGAGAAAAGGCAACCAGUACGAAGCGCCGGGGAGAAAAGAGGGCGGAACGGGGAACGUGAAAAAGGGGAGGAACGAGGGCCACACACUGAGAAGAGACGGGAUGAAUUCUCUAGGAAAGAUGACGAGGAACUGCGGGCGAACCAAGAUCGGAAACGGCAUGACACCCCUGAGAGCGAUGAAGAGAGAAGCGGAGAAGAGGGGAAGCGGAAGGCUCAGAGAGGAUCCGAGUUGAGAGAGAGCAGCGGUCGGAACGGGGAUGAUCGCACGGCCGUCAAGGACGAGCCGCAACGGAGUGAUAGCAGUGAGGGGGCUCGUGACGUGAGGGUCAAAAAGGAAGAUGCUUCCGACGGGGAAGAAGGCGCUGAGCGCCCUGAACCGGGACCGGUUAGUGGGAUGGUUAAGAAGGAGGAAGCCGAGGAUUCAGAUGACGAGCCCGGGAAGUUGAAGGGCUAUGGGCUCAUCCCCGGAAGGGGGGGGCUACAGCUGCCUGCAAAGCGGACCGGCGAUGCCCCCCCUGUGCCGUAUAAGAAGCCGGAGGAGCCUGCGAAAGCGCCGCCCAGGGUUAGGCACGUGCCUGGUAAACUCACAGAGGAAGAGAAGGCCCGUCGGCUGGCCGAGAUGCAGCAGGACGCCAACGUGCACGAAGCCAGCCGCGUGCAUCGUCUAAAACGGGCGGCCGAGAAGGAGGAUCGAGAUGAUGCGGCGGCGGCGAAAGCUGCGGCUGGGAAGAGUUAUCUCGGCGGUCUCGAGAAGAGUGCGUACGGGUUGGAAAAGGGCGGGAGCGUUGAGGAUAGCAUCCGGAGAAGGACGCACUUCCGAGAGAAGGGCCCGGCUGCCAGCAACGCAAAUGCUUUCCGGCGAUGAUACUUCACUGGGGCGAAGAUCAUCGAGCGCGGACUCAACGUGAACUAUUUGCACUCUGAUAUACAAAUUUUACCGAGCAUCCAAGUUUUUGGGGUGCAUUCCUACAUUUGGCCACCGCAUGCUGCCUGUCAGUUGGUGUCACCAAAAUCAGAACCAUUAUCAGAAUCGAGUUGCCUGGCUUGUCAUCGGACAGGGCAUUUCAAAGGACAUACAAGUAAGAAUAUAUGCUGAGUUCCACACCUUCAUACGAGACUCCCUGGGCCCCCAUGACAUUAUUGAGACGAAACUUCGAUCAAUGAUCGCGGAUCUAAGUUACUGUGGUUAUCCGA